AUGGAAAAACUUGAUCGUCUUCAAGAAACUUUACUUAUUAGAAAUUUAAUUAUCCAAUAUUUAGAAGUCAUAGGUGCUAACAUCAAAGUUGGAAACAAGUAUAUUGUAUCAGAGAAUAUCAAAUUUUCAGAUUCAGGUAAAAUAAUGGUUGAAGCCAUAGACAUAGACUAUGUAAAAAAUGAUGUUGAUUCCACCAGCCCACAAAAAAAAAAGCCUAAAUUCAGUGCUUCUUCCAAAGAGGAUGAUAAUAUUACUGCCCCUGUAGCAUGUGAAAUGAUAAAAACCAGUGACAUAGAAAAGGAACAAGGUUCAUCAUUCAAAAGUAAAAAAUCACCAAAUCAUAUUGAUCUUGAAACGAUUGAUGAUUAUCAAGAAGCGUAUGCAAGUAUCAUCCUGUAA